GACUGUUCUUGAUUGGGUUGAAUCGAUUGGAUCACAUGUAACUGGAUAAGAGAGGGAAGCUGUGUGAGAAACCUUCUGUUGUAAAGUGUUGCUUUGAUAAUAAAUCCAGGUUAAAUAAUUUUACAUUAAGUUACGAGUCCAAAGAGAGAGAGAGAGAGGGUGUUGAAGCUGCAGUAAUCCUGUGAUAUAAACCUGCUGAGCCGCUGCAUUCAGCCUCAGUGGGAGAUAAAACCAGCCUGAUAGCAGAUGGAGCGUCCGCAGGUCUGCGCUGCACUCAGCAGGAUGAAACGUCCGCUCGCUCUCUGCUGCUUCCUCCUCCUCUCUCACACCCUGAGCCCAACGAAAGGUUACCUGAUUGUUUCCAUGGAUCCCCUCCCACCUGUCGUCAUCGGUGACACGAUCACGUUAAAGUGCAACUUCCAGACGGACGGCACCCUAAGAGAGAUCGCGUGGUUUCAGGUAAUUGAAGGAGGCAAUGCCAAGCAGAAGAUUUUCACCUACGAUUCUGUUUUCAACUCGAGUUUCUCCAACAUGGAGGACACAAACAAACGAGAGGAACUGAUUUACCACUCAACAGUACGCCUCCCGGAGGUGCAGCUGGAGGAUGACGGUCUGUAUGAAUGCCAUGUGGGGAUCUACAGCAAAGGAUCCAGAGAUCAGCUGAUCGAAGCGUCUGGCAGCGUCACGCUCUCCGUUAUCGUUCCUCCCAGGUCUAUUUCUGUAGCGGCAGCCAACAGCCCGGCUCCGUUCAGCCGUUACGAGGCCAAGAACUUCACCCUGGUUUGCAUUGUUACUGGAGCAAAGCCGGCUCCCUCGGUUUACUUCAAACGGGACGGUGAGCUCAUUGACGUGUUUCCAGCAGCUCGGUCUUCUUCGUUGGUGGGACAUCACAGUAAAGCCUCCAAAAGAAACCGGAGCGUGAACCAGGUUCUUCCCAGAGGAGAUGUUGAUGACACCAAAAUCCAGAAGUCCCUGUCCCUGCAGAACCAAGCGGGGAAGGUGACCCAGCUUAGAGAGAAUGAGACGGACAGCUUGGAGCGAGGCGGGGAGGAAGCAUCCAGGUUGAAGCUGGAGUCGACCAUGGACGGCAUCCCGGAGACGGUGGUGAGCCGGGAGUUUCCCCGCUGGGUCCAGAGCAGCGACCCGCUCUACUACUUCCAGCACUGGCAGCAGGUGGCGGGUGACGGCACCAUGGAGGCCAGAGCCAUGCUGACCUGGAGCCUCAACCCACAGCUGGACAACGAAGCCCUGUUCAGCUGCGAGGUCAACCACCCCGCUCUGUCCAUGCCCAUGCAGGCCGAGGUCACACUCAGUAAGGCCACAGCUCAAAUCUCAGGUCACUUCAGCGCCUCAGAACCGUAUCGGUGCUGACCGGGCUCGGGACCAUAACGGCCAGAAAGUAUCUGAAAUAUUUGAGAGCCUAUUGUUGCACACUUAAUAAUUAAUCAGUGUGGUUUUUAGUUAUUUUUAUUUUAUUUCAAUUGUUGACACGUUUGGCGCCACUUUGUUGGGGAGUGAG